GCGGUGCCGCGAGAGCAGGCCGGGCGCCCGGUCGCGCGCGGGAGAGUCGCGGAGGCGCCGCUGCUGCAGUCGCCGCAUCGCCGAGCAGAUGGCUGACAGCAGGCCCAAGCCCGCCAAGCCCGCCAACAGGACGCCCCCCAAGUCCCCGGGGGACCCCGCGAAGGACAAGGCAGCCAAGAGGCUGUCUCUGGAGUCGGAGGGCGCCAGCGAGGGGGCAGCGGCCGGGGGCCCAGAGCUCAGCGCCCUGGAGGAGGCCUUCCGGAGGUUUGCUGUGCACGGGGACACCAGGGCCACCGGGAAGGAGAUGCACGGCAAGAACUGGUCCAAGCUGUGCCGGGACUGCCAGGUGAUCGACGGCAGGAACGUGACCGUCACCGACGUGGACAUCGUCUUCAGCAAGAUCAAGGGGAAGUCGUGCAGGACCAUCACGUUCGAGCAGUUCAAGGAGGCGCUGGAGGAGCUCGCCAAGAAGAGGUUCAAGGACAAGAGCAGUGAGGAGGCCGUCCGAGAGGUGCACAGGCUCAUCGAGGGCAAGGCGCCCAUCAUCUCGGGGGUGACGAAAGCCAUCUCCUCGCCCACCGUGUCGCGGCUCACAGACACCACCAAGUUCACGGGCUCCCACAAGGAGCGCUUUGACCCGUCGGGCAGAGGCAAGGGCAGGGCGGGCCGCGUGGACCUGGUGGACGAGUCGGGCUACGUGCCGGGCUACAAGCACGCGGGCACCUACGACCAGAAGGUUCAGGGGGGCAAGUAGCCACAGGCCCCCCCGCCCACCCCGCACACUUCGUUACAUUCCUGUGCUCUCCGGCCGACCUCAACGCGCGCCUGGCGGUGCGGGGGGCGCCCGGCCCCCCUCCUGCCCGGCCCGCUGCUUCCCUCCACCCCAGCUUUGGCCCCAGACUCGCCUCUUCUAACACCCCUGCCCCGUGCCUGAGGGGACACGCGGCCCUUCCCAGCGUCCCCGGGGCCAGACCACACCCGCCACCUGGUUUGUGGGCAGAGGGGGCUUUUCAAAGGAGCUGGCGGGACGGACCCUGCGGGGUCCGCGCACUCACCGGCGGCACCAGUAAGCCGGGGGAAGCCGCACGGGACCCCGCGGGGUCGGAGGGCACACGCUCGUACACCCAUGCACGCAACUCCCUGGCCAGGUCUGUGCCAAGGACGGACGCCGGGCCUGGGUGGCUGUGCAAAGGGGAGAAGCCUCCUCAGUUGACCAAAGUGACUGGAAGCGUGUCAGGUGACAAGAUUUUAAAGUGGGAACUGAGGGCGGCUCGUCUCCUUUUGCUUCAGAGAGAAGGAGAAACAGUGGGUGAUGUCAGGCCUCAGAGCAGCUCAGGGAAGACGCAGAUGCCCCGUCUCUGCAACCCCGCCCCCGGCGCCCUGGGCUCUCGUGGGGCAGGUAGAUGUGCUGGACUCACCCCUCGGCCCCCCCCCCCCGAGUGCAGAAUCCCGGGCGAGACAAGGCAGCAUCUGCGGGGUGUGGGUUUCUGUGAGGCUGGAGGCCAGGCCUCUUGCUGCUGUCACAGUGGCCCUGUGGCAAUGUGUCCCUCUGCCGGGCACCUGACCCACUGGGUGUCGGUCCUGGCAGAGGCCCAGGGCAGCCACUGGGGACUGCUUCCCAGGAGCCUGACCACCCUGCUGUGGUCUGUCCUGUGUCCAGGGUGGUGGGCUGCCGGGGGUCCCCUUCCUGGACACACAACCUGGCACCCUGGUCACUGGCGGGCCUGGGAGGCCCCCCACCUGCCUGCCCAGAGGGGCUCAGGCCAGCACUCCCAGCAAACUAGGCUCCUGACAUGGGCCUCCGACUGCCCCAGCCCCCGGAUCCAGGAUGGUGGCGGCCUCUGCGGGCAGCUUUGUCCUGAGACCCUGGGACUUCACUGCAGUGACAGGAACACCCAGGACACGAUGGGAGCAAGGUAUCUGGAGUCACUCCGAGGAUGUGGACCCUUGUGGCCUGGAACGUUUCUGACUUAGGGAUCCUGAGCUGCCUGGCCAGGAAACGGCUGCCCCCCCCGCCCCCCCCACCAGGCAAGAGUAACACGGGGAAGCGGGUCUGUGGACCACAAGUGUAGGGUGUUCCUGGACAAGUGACAAGCCGAGCACACGGAGAAAGCCUAUGCCCUGUGUCCCAGGGCUGCCAGGUCCCCAUGGUCUCAGCACAGGGCUCCUCCCUGGGAGGACGCAGCAGAAUGCUGGAGUCCAGCCCUGGCCCAAGGACAGGGGGGCCCCACACUGCGCCCAUUGGGGCAGGGGUCGCCUCCUCUGCCCUUCCAGCCUGUCCCGGGGGCGGGAGCCCAUGGGGUUGGAGUCUGAGCCAAAGAACCAGGCAAGCACACCCUGCGGCCGCUUCCUCGCACGGUGCCCGGCCAAGCCCCGGGCCAGCCUGCCCACCACCCAUGCAGGUUUGCGGCUGGUCAGCCCUCCGCCAGGGGUGCAAAGGCAGGUUGAGGGCCCUGGGGCCAUGGCCGGGCACCCGGGGGGGGGGCGCUCGCAGCCCCGCCCCCGCGUGGAGCCCAGUCCACAGUCGCGGCCCCCCGGGCUCUGACAUCCAGCGCACAGGCAGGUGUGUGUCUUUGCCGCAUGUUUCUGCCCAACGCCCGUUUGCUUCUACUAACCACGGUUAACCAGGAAUUAACCGUCUAUCUGUGAAUGAAGGAGACUGCACAGCAGGCACACCAGGGAGCAGGGACACGCAGUCGGGGUGCCAGGAGAGCGUUUGAGAGCGCCGAUCCCAGCAGAGUAUCUAUUUAUUUCUAUUUAAUGCCCUAGGAAAGCACUAGGCAGGGCCCAGCUCACCGCAGUGGAAGUUCAGAUAAUAUAAGACGCAGAAAGAGAUCUAUAUUUAUACUGGAGUAUUUUUCCAUCUUGAACAUCCUCAGUCUUAAGGUUUGAGGCAGGUGAAAACCCCCGAGAAGCAGGCGGGGCUCCGGUGGCAUCACUUGCGGUCUGUGCUGCUCCGAGGCCACGUCCCGGUGGCCGAGAGCCCGGCUAGGCUGAGGGGUCCCCCGAAGCACCAAGUGGGCAGAGGCUCACGUGCCCAAAGCCUGGGCCUGCUCGGUCACUAGCUGUCACGAGUGAGGUCUAAAUGGCACACAGCCUCACCGUGUACUUGGCAUUGGCUAUGGCUGGUUGUGCAGCUACGUCGGUGUGGGGGUGGGGGGCGAAGUCUCAGACGCCAGGGCCACGCAACCUACACCGGUCACCGCCCGCCCUCCACAGCGAAGGCUCCCUUCCUCUGGCGGAGCCCCCGCACAAGCUGGCACACCUGGUCCUGCAGGGCACACAGGUGGGGACACAGCUGUCACCUGUUCCACAGGGCCCAGGCUGCCGGUUCAGCUGUACCGUGAGGUCCGUCCCCACGAGGCUCAUUCCCUUAGUGCGCUGGCCCUGCGCAGCUUCCCUCCCCACUUACUACUGACGCGCCGUGAAAGCCCGAGGCUCAGGGGCGCGGCCUGUGCCCCAGCACCUGAGAGCGGGCGGCGGUGGCCCCGGGCAGUGCCAGCCGGUGGUGGCCGCCCUGCCCUUUGAGAUGCUUUCGUUGACUCUCUCUUCCUCAAACCAAGCCAAACAACAAAGGAAACGCACACAACUCAGACUUGAAAGGGAUCAUAUGCUACUAGUUUGUACUAAGUUUUUUCAGGAGAGGGGAAUAAAUGUGUAUAUAUAUGCAAUCUAUUUUUGCACUGUUUUCUUACUGUCAGGGAGUGAUGGGACAAGCAGCGUCCAUGUCAUGGGCGCUCUGGCUCAGAGCCACACUAGCCAGGAACUCUGGGGGCACCUGUGGAGCCGAGGCGCAGUGCCGCCUAUUGGAGCCACCAUCCAGGCCUGCUUGCAAACCUGCAGUCCGCCUCCUGUCUGUCUGCAUGCCCCUUGCGCCUUCCCUGUUGUUAACACUGUGUCAGACUGGCCAAGCGACAAAUAAAGGUGUUCCGUCAUGGG